UCAAAUUGUCUACACCUUGUUUUAUUUCUUGCAGGAAAGGAGAUGCUGUCUCAUGGCUGUUGUGUUACUCCAAUCCCUGGAAGCAUAUCCAUUAUCAGCAUAAAUGUGUCAUCCCAAACCUGUGCCAGUUAUACUCGGGGAUUGGAUCUGUCUGAAUACGUACCAUUGCGUACCAUGAUCAGUUUUGCCAGACGACCCAGCCUCAUGGACGAAGAUGAUUUCAACGAGAACUCGAGAAGAGAACCUGCUGCAACUGAGGUGAAGAGGAAAGGAUUGGCUUUGCUCAUUUACGACUUGAAGCAUCGCGAGUUGAUCCCGGUCAUUUACAGUGUCGAAUGUAAUUAGGAUUAGUCUAACUCUAUGAAAGUUUACCGGCACACUUAGAUUGCGUUUGAUUUUGCUGUGAUUGCAUAGCAAAAUUUGAAGGGAAAAUGAAUUGCACUUUUUCUUACCACCCAAUCUCAUGGUGAAUAACUCGGUUAAUAAUAAGUGCUAUACCUUAUAAAAUCGAUUGACUGGUUGAUCUACUGGUCUUAUCAUUGAAAAGUUGUGGAAAUGUCAUUUUCGAUUAAAGAUGUUUUCGACUAUUUGGUUCGACUAGGUUGUCUUGGCAUCUUAUAACGCCGAAAUGCGCCGAGACCAAUGGUCGUGUUAUGUAGUAUGAUGUCAGGUUACUAGACUAUACCCAAACCCGAUCAACCAAUUGAAAUGUUAAACCUUGUGCGCCUCUUUCAUUUAUGUUAUCCCUAAAUUAAAUUACUCUAGUCAAUUACAAGUCGGACUAUUAGAUUA